AUGCCCGCUCUCUUCCUCGAUGUGCACUCUGACUAUCUGCGUAUCAGAGUCCAAAGUAGCAGCUCAGGCAUUGGGCUACUUGAUAAUGGCCCAUUGAGCGUGAAGCGCCUUCCUUUCACGACAUCUCGGGAAAGAGAACUCAUAGUUGAGAUCCAUGUGGGAUCGACGAGUAAGCAAGUGUCCUAUUUGUACAAAGGAUCGUCGAGUGAAUGCAACGAAUUCCUGGACGGAUUCACGGUUGGUGCUGCUCCGACAUUGGCGGUGGACGUCUGCGUGAAGCGAAAUAAGCACAACGAUUUGGUAGGCAAGCACGUCGUUCCCAUCGUUUCGUUGCCCGAUCGGAAGCAGUGCGAGCUUGUUAUUCCGUUGUCCUCGUCCGGAACCAGGACACAUGCCCAAGAGGUGAAAAUCACCGUUGAAGUCACCUUUUCCGUGCAAUCAGAAGGGCCCACCGUCGCAACUGGGCCACCUUCUAUGCCGAUCCAGAAGGCUACGCAUGCGCAGAUGAUGAAGCGGAAAAAAAAGAAGGGCAAGAAGUCUGACAAACAGCGUGAAGGGGAUCAUCUUGCGACUACCUCCAAGAGUGUAAAUGCACCGGGGCCUUCUACCGCCGGUGGCAGCACAGUCUCUGAAGCCGAAGAAUGGUUGUGGGAGCCGCACCUUAAGCAGAAGUGGGAGACUGCUCCUCAAACCUGGCAGCAGUUCCUGCAGCAUUGGUCAAGCCAACCGGACGAGGACACGGAACCUGCUCCUUAUUCCAUGUCACUCGGGCUGGCCACACGGCCCCCCAACUUGCCUAGCACUAUUUUAGUAUUGGCGUCCUAUAAGAAGCUUUUUGAUCGAGCGUGGGACUUCUACAAUCGUUAUUAUCGCCAAGGAAUACUGCUUACAGGUCAACCCGGAACAGGUAAAUCCACCUGGUUGUGGUAUGUUCUUACCCGGCUCUUGAGGAGGGGGAAAAACGUGGUGCUUUCUUGGAGCGGGGACGUUUUUCUGUUCUACUCUGGUACCGUUUAUGAGGUGCAGAGCGGCGCCUUCUCCGGCAACUAUCUUCCGCGGCCUCCUCUGUUGGGAAAGAACGAGAAAGAUUCCUCUUUGCGUUAUAUCUGGGGACUGAUAGAUGCAGAGAGCACGGGUUGGAGCACACAGCGAAAGGCGCACACAUGGGGCAUGCCUCUGUGGGAACCUGAGGAACUUAAACGAGGUUUUGAGCUGCAGGAUCAGUAUGAGGCGUUGUUGGAAGACGUGACCAAGGCCUACAUGGAUCCCUCGCUUCCUCGCAUUCCUGCGGUUGCCAACGUCAUGCAAGCUGCUGACGACAAUCACGACGACAAUCGAGGCACGCACGGUGGCUGUGAACGUGCUCUCAAGCCAUUGAAAAAGAGCAUGCUCAAAAAACACGCCCGCUUGCAAAUGCUGAAAACUCUCGAAAACGUCAUUGAUCUGUACGGCCACUCUGCACGUGACGUUUAUAUGGGAGUAUUUGAUCCGGACACCAUGCGAGCUCGUCUUUUGCACGCAGUGCGAAACGUGACCUGGGCAGACCUUAGAAAGGGCCUACCUAGCGAUAACCCCGGAGAGCUCUCCCAUCGCAUAGUGGCUGUCAUUGUGAAGCCGGCUGAUGGUCCGGCUGAGGACCAGUUCUUCCUAGGAUUCAAGUCCGACCAUAUCCAACGCGAAGUCGAGGAUCGAUUGAAGCUCACUCAAAUUGAUGAUGCAUUCUCAUUGUUGCGCAACUGCCUUGUGACUCCGCGAGGUACCUCGCUUGGCGGGUUUGUUUUCGAGAACUUGGCAAACAGUUACCUAUCAGGCUUGACACCGACGACUCCUGAAUAUCCCUCAUUGCUUCCUAUGCGAAGAAGCCCGCAAGGCCGGACGUUUGUUGCUCCUGAAAUGCCAGUGGUAGCUUCGACUCCUACACUUUCACUUCCUAUUCGACGGAGAACACGAACGAAAUUUGAAGUGAACAAAUCCUCGGCUGUGCGGCUCAAAUUACCUGUAGAUGAAUGCUUCUACAUCCCGAUCUCUCAAAAUAACCCGUUGUUUGACUCGUUCAUGAUUGAAUGUGACGACGACGGUGCCACGUUGUGGAUCUUUCAGAUGACUGUGGGCAAGGAGCACCGUGGUUCAGCAUCCGGCUAUGAUAUCAUCACUGGUAUCGAGGAAUUCGUUCGCAGACAACUACGUCAGCAUGCAAAGGUACCGAGCGACGAAGAUGGCAGUGUCAUUGGUCAGAAACGGAGUGGGCCUGCUCCUGAGGGAUCGCGGAAGAAGUUGAAGAGCGCUUGCGAGCAUGUCGAUGUGAAGUCAAAAUUUGUUCUUGUCUGUCCUGAUCAAGCACAACAGUGGACAAUGCCCAUUGGUUGGAAGGACGAUAAGGGGUCGGUGUACUGUCAAACGAUCCCUAUCCAGGACUAUAUAUGA